AUGGGCAUAGCCGCCGCUCUGGCCGCCAAAUUCAGCCGCGUGCAUGACCACAAGAAAAUGCCUUGCCGAGGAAGACGGACGGCAGCGAAUGUUCCAUUGUCCAAAAAACAAAAAGAGAAGGCUAAGACACUCCCGACCCUCGAUGGUGCCAAGGUAGAUAAUUUAUUAACGGAGGUCGUCCAACCCAUUGGAUUCUGGCAAAUUGGCCUAGUCCUCUUGAACGCACUCUCCUCUCCCAAUACGGUCGUGCUGUCAAUAUUCAUAAACUCCUUUCCGAACCACCGCUGUAAAAUGUCACCAGAAGUCGAGACCUGGAUUGCAAACGCCACGUCUACAGCAGUCAAUGUAACAACAUGGAGCAUUCGCCAAAUUGCAGAGCUCUUCAGUCCCCCCUCGGACACAACAACUGUCAUACGUGCGUGUGAGGUAUACUCCAUCGAAAAACCUGCCAAUUCCACAGUAGAGGAUUAUAUCACACUGUUUGCAAACGCCUCAGCGCGUGGACUACCUACGGAAAAAUGUCCCCAUGGUUUUGUCUACGACUACAGCCCGCAUCAGUACCCUGGGGCCGUGACCACAGUCAUCGCGGCCGAACUCACAACCGCCAAGUAUCGAUCCAUCCUCAAUGCCACUGGUUCUAUCGUGCAGCUAACUGUGCAACGCAUGCUGAUAGCCGUACUGGCCUACUUCGUGGACAGGUGGCGUGUUCUCACUGGAUGUAUGUUCAUUCUCAACAGCGGUGUGCUCGUUCUUUGUUUCGUGCUCCCAGAAUCACCCAAGUGGUUGGCAGCCCGUGGAAGGAGUGAGGCUACGGGCAAGUCCCUUUACGUUGGAUACCGGACAAACCUGCGCUUUGCGAACCUCUUCUCCAAAAAGGCAAAUAGACGGACUUGCAUGAGCGAACGGGAAUUUAUGGCACUGAUCGGUCCGCCGUGCCUGCUGACGAUAUCUGAAACCGAAGAUGAGGAGGAGGAAAUUGGAAAUGGUGUGCCAGCGGGUGAUGUGAAGCUGGAGACGCAGACUCUCAAACAACACCACUCCCCCUGCUGCAGACCGUUGAAUCGGGAUUUGGUCUGGACAACAUUCCUCGCGAUUGUUCUUCUCACCUGUCAUACCAUCAGCCUCUACGGCAUGAUCUUCUACUCAACACACAUCCGUUUCCACGUUUCUCUCGUCGUAGCCAUUAAUGCUUUGGCCAAUUUGCCAGGUUGCUUCCUCUCCGCCACUCUCUACAGACUGUUUCGCUUCCGCAAGAAACCCCUCCUGGGACUGAUCCUCACGGCAGCCACCCUCCAGUCGGUUGCAGCACUGCACACGCUCAUCCUCCAGCCGGAGAAUGAUAUCCUGCUGAAUGUCUUUGGCAACCUGAUCAUCCUGGUUCAGACCGCGGGAAUAAUGAUGCUGUUUGUGUAUGUGCCCGAACUCUAUCCACCGCUCCAGCGAAACCGCGGAUUUGGGCUCUCGGCAGGGGUUUCUCGCCUCGGGGCUCUCGCCUUCCCCUUCAUAAACCGGCUGGAUGUUGAUGUCAGGCACGGUCUCCCAGUCGCCAUAUACGCUGGUAUUUCGACCAUCCAACUACUGGUUCUUUUAUUGCUCAAAGAUACAAACGGAGAGGUUAUUCCAUCGGGAGAAGUCAAAGAAUGCAGCGAACUGGGUGCUGCGCAAGAGGAUUCUUCUUCUUCUGAAGCCAGUCAAAGUCGCAAUGAGAUUGUAUAG